AUGAGGGCGUACCGUUUUCCUCGUGGUUCUUCCGAUACUGUGGAGCAGGGGGGGCAUGAAUCAGCCUUCAAGCCUGAACCUCCUGUGGCGUGCACGAGCUUCACUGGUGACUUCAGCCAACCCGCCAACCCGGAUAGAAGAUUGGGCUCCCCAGAAGGUGGGCAGCCGGAGGGCAGGACUCGUCGCUUUUUUCUGAGGCCUCACAUCUGCAUCAGACAGAGUCUGAGGCAUGCGGCACGCGAGCUGCUCUGUGGAGAAACAGACUUCACAGAGAUAUACAGGAGAGCGGUGGCAGUUCCGGAGACCGACAACAAGCUUGCGAAAUGGAGCUCUGCGAAGCUCAACGACCGUUGCCGGCGGAUGACUUCUAGCGUCGGCGCCGACCCAACUUCUCCCUUGAACUUUUUCCUUCUUCGCUUUAAAGAUCCCCAGACUGAGAAAGAAUAUGUCCUCGUUUGCAAUCACCUCUGUAUCGUCAGGUUUGUGUUUCAACUGCUCAUUCAUCAUGCAGUUAUUAUGCCCAUUCUCUACGUGGUCUUCUCUGCCACCGGAGCUCAUAACGACUACCGCAUCUACUUUCCGCCCCUCGAAAUCUUUUAUUCUGUCUACUUCUCGCUCGCUGUAGGCCUGGGCUUGAUUUUGGCCGUUCUCCUCGCGUUCCCUGCCAUUUCGGGGGCUGUUGGUGAGUGGGUGAGGCGUAGGGCCCUGACAACAUCGUACGUCUACAUUUUUCUGAUGGUAACCGGCUACUGUAUACCAUUUGCCGCUCUGGAGCGGUCGUUUGAGACACCGAGGAAAGAGGCUGAAUUCGUCGGCGGAGAUUUUCCGGCUGAGUGGCAGCCGGGCAGCCUGGUCGAUGCCGGUUUAAUUAGGGCCCUGCUGGGGACCGAGCGCAUCUUUGUGGACACGACGUUAUUCUCCGUCUAUCUUUUCGGCUCCUCGAUCCUAUGGCUGGAUCUGCUGGCACCGUCUCUCGUUCGUCUCACAGCAUUUCUCCACAUAUGGAUUCCUUCUGCGUUUGCCUGCAUAUUCGUUAUCGCGUACAUAUACUCACAAUACGUCAACCCUGCUGCGUUGGCUACUGUCAUAUGCCUCUUCUACUCUUUAUCUCUGUGGAGUUAUGCUGGGCGUUACGCCACUGAGCUCCAACAUCGAAUCGUGUUCUUAAACUGGCGGAACUCCCGUGAAAGGCUGUUCAAGCUUGCCGAACAAAGUCAGCAGUCAACGAGUAACUUGACUGCAGUAGACGGAAUGAUGGCGCAUCUGCAUCAGAUGGAUCGGAUGAUCAAACAGCUGAUGCUGCUGAGAGGAUCGGAGGGAUCAGAAAGCCACCUCGAACAGAUGGAAAUUCUUGUGAAAGAACUGGAAGAUACGUUGAAGAACAGCGGCGACAUUUACUCCUUACUGCUUCAGGAGGACGACCCUUUCAGCCGUAAUUUCAUGGAACUCCAUAUGAGGUUGGCACCGCUUAGCGUAGAGCGGAAGAGCCUCGGGGGAUCGAGCGGCCGCGAACAAAGCUUCGGCUCCUUUUGCCAAAAACGGACGUUCUUCAGCAAAGAAGGCAGUAAAGCGGAACAGGCGCCGGCGAGUUUCGAGGAGUUUCAUGCAAGAGUUUCCGCAGGGAACAGAUCUUUCUCCAGCGUGGUGUCUGAGACCUGGCAAGGACUGGCUGACCAUGUCGGAGUAGACUGGGACUUCAACUUGAUAGAGGUUGAAGAGGAGACCGGGCACGUUUUGGUGUUGACUGGGCUUGUACUGUUGGAUAACGUCGUCACCGAUUGGGGCUGUCAGCCCAGCACACUAACAAACUUCUUGCUUUCGUGCGCAAUGCAACACCAGCCUAAUCCGUAUCACAAUCAGCGUCACGCGGCAAUGGUUGCUCAUGCGACGUCAUGGUUGGCAAAUACAGCGGGUGUCCUGGCCGAGUGCGAUAGCGUGGAAAGGGCGACACUCUACGUCGCUGCCCUCUGCCAUGAUUUGGGACACCCAGGGAGGACGAAUCAGUUCUUCGUCACAUCCUGUGAUCCGCUGGCUAUUGUUUACAACGAUAUAUCGUGCCUUGAAAAUUUGCACUGCUGCCUUUGCUUCCGUACUCUAGAGAGGGAAGAAAACAAUGUUUUCUAUCACCUUGACAACGAGCAUUUUCGAUUUGUCAGAUCGAAGCUUAUCGAGGUGAUACUAGCGACCGAUAUGAAGCAGCACUUCGAGGCGAUCAGCCGUUUUCGGCUUCGUAGAUCGGCAGACGACUUUGACGUGGCAACUCGCGUUGAGGAUCGGUGGGCAGUGCUGAAGAUGUCUGUGAAAAUGGCAGACAUUAGCCAUGUGGCACUUCCUUGGGACAUGCAUUUUCGCCUUUCUUGCGACAUCGUGGAGGAGUUCUACCAGCAGGGAGAUGAGGAGCUCCGAAGAGGAAUGCCGGUAUCGAUGCUGUGCGACAGGUCCAAGCAUAACGAGAUGGCAAAAGCACAAGAGGGUUUUCUAGAGUACCUGGCAAAACCCUUGCUCGCUGUGCUACUUGAAGGCGAUCCCACAGGUCGAAUACAGAGGGAUGUCGCUGACCAGAUGGAAAACAAUCUGCAGCGGUGGAAGCAAAUGGCGGCGGAUCAGGUCGUUAUCUCACUACAGCCUGUUGCGGCUCGCACGCAGACGCGAACGUUCACUGCAGCAGCAGUUCGGCGGGUUGCCGGACUGGAGUGCACCCAAGCUAGCCCAUCUCCUUCUCACGUUGUGGCAAGAGGGACAGAGACAGAAGACAAACAAGGUGGAAACACGAGCUCUGAGGCCGGGGGAUGCGUAAAUCAGACACGACGAAUUUCGCCGGCCAGUGGGGCGGAAAUGGAAUCCCCUCCACGCCGGAGACCAUGGACUUUAGGAUUUCUAGUAAAGAACACGAUCUCCAUGAGGAAGUCGGGGCGACAUGCCUCCCUUGAGUGCCCCUCUACUCACGAUCAGGAAGAUGGCGAUGGACAGCGAGAACCUUAUCCGCAAGUGCAGGAUACCUUGAAUUGGGGAGCAUUGCCCUUUGAGGCGACAAACAAAGAAGCUGGGCCAAUUCUCUUCACGCAGAAUGUUGAAGUAAACGAAGCGUAG